AUGGACAAAUGUGUCAGGAAGAGACUUCAUUCAAGCACAUCUGUGGAGAGUCACUAUUCUCAGGGAGAAGAACAAACCGGUCGUGAUUUGCAAGAGGAGGAAGAUGUUAUUGAUGCCAUCCCCAUUAUUCCGUCAGUGCCCCUCUUGAAUAUCACAGAUCUGAAAUAUGCAUCCUCUUCUUAUCGCAAAUGUUCUGUAUGUCUCCAGUAUAAUGACACAUGUGCUACCAUUCCGAAACAAGUGCAACAUUCUCUAAUGGUAAAUCACAGGCUUUGGUUCCCUCGUGAUGCGUGUAUUUGUCCUAAACACAUCAUCGGAAGCAUUUUACACCCAGAUACUGAAGUAGCUAUGGUCGAUAGGGCAUCCUUGCAAACGAAACUUGAUAACGCUAUUGGUUACGAGGUCAUGAUUGAUCUUCUUGAGAUCCUACAUAACGUGUCUAAAUAUGGAAAUUCUCCAAAACUACAAUUGAAAACAUUGUCGGAUUCAGAUUUCCGUACAUGGACAGGAUGGACUCUAAAGCAGUUUAUGGAAAUGCAUGAGAUGUGCAAACCCGACAUCCUUUCAGCUUUUACUGAUGGUGUGUGCUCCGAAGACUUGCUCCUUUUUUUCUGGGCAAAAUUAAAAACUGAUCUGUCUUGGAACCAGUUAUCAGUUCUGACCAAAUUAUCAACAGCCUCACUGUCCAGAUUUUUCCACAAGCUUAUCGAAGUUUUGAAUGUAACCGUUGUGUCCCAAUACCUUGGAACAAACCAUAUGUCACGCAAAGAAGCCUUAUCACACAACACAGUGUUUACCAAAGCAUAUUUUGGGGACAAAGUAAGUCUCAUACUUGAUGGCACUUACAUCUAUCUAAACAAAAGUUCGCAUCAUGCAUUCUAUCAUCNCCAUAUGUCACGCAAAGAAGCCUUAUCACACAACACAGUGUUUACCAAAGCAUUUUUUGGGGACAAAGUAAGUCUCAUACUUGAUGGCACUUACAUCUAUCUAAACAAAAGUUCGCAUCAUGCAUUCCAGAGAUCAUCAUAUUGCGGACAAAAGAAAACGAAUUAUCUGAAGUGUAUGUCAAUUGUGUUGCCAGAUGGAUAUGUGUUGGACACAAUCGGACCGUAUUAUGGAAGUGUUAAUGAUGCAUCAAUAACUAAACUUAUCAUUGAAAACUUUGACCACCUGAAGUCUUGGCUUGAUGAACAUGACAAUGUUAUUGUCGAUCGUGGUUUUAGGGAUGUCCUCGAUGUUUUAGCCGAGUUGGGGUACGAUUCAAAAAUGCCAUCCUUCCUUACCCCUGGGAAAUCACAAGUAGAUGCUUCCCAGGCGAAUGAAGAUCGCCAAUGUACCAAAACCCGAUGGGUUGUCGAAGCCUACCAUGGGCGUUUGAAGAAGUGGAUUCGGUUCAGAGAAAAACUUCCUUCAAACGUUCUGGUUCCGGUUAUUGGCAAACUCGUUCGCAUUGUGAUUGCAUGUCUGAAUGCGUUCCGAGGACCAAUUUAUUGUUCUGAUCCAGAUCGUGAGCAGCGUGAUACACAGACGGCACAACGCAUGUUGUCUCUCUUGGACAGUGGCAAUGCGUUGGCCAAGCGUGUAGCUGAUGAUCCAAAUAUGACCCGCAGAGCAAAGAGUGAAUGGAAGAAGCUGGAAGCCUCGCAAAUCCCGUUUCCAAAGCUAGAUUUGGAAUACCAGGAGACUUUGGCUUGUGGUACAUAUCAGCUGAAACUGGCACCUGGCUAUAUCACCGAACAUCAGACAGAUGGGGGUGAUUAUGAGAUAUGGGUGUACCAACAUGCUGAUGACCUUCUCUGA